CCGGGGGCGGCGGCGGCAGGAGGCGGCGGCGGCGGCGGCGGCGGUGGUGCUGGGAGCUCCUGUCACCGCCGGGGCCGGGCGGGAGCGCAGGGGACGUGAGAGCGCGAGGGUCGGGACAUGGGGCCCGCCAGCCCCGCCGCCCGCGGUCCGGGUGGCCGCCGGGGCCUGCCGCCGCUGCCGCUGUUGCUGCCACUAUUGCUGCUGUUGCGCGCGCAGCUCGCCGUCGGGAGCCCGGCCGGUGGGAGCCCCGGCGCGGCCGAGGCUCCAGGGUCGGCCCAGGUGGCUGGAAUGUGUGGACAUCUGACCCUUCACCGGGACCUGCGCACCGGCCGCUGGGAGCCUGACCCGCAGCUCUCACGGGGCUGUCUCCACGACCCGCAGCGCGUGCUGGAGUACUGCAGACAGAUGUACCCGGAACUGCAGGUGGCCCGUGUGGAACAGGCGACUCAGGCCAUCUCUAUGGAACAGUGGUGUGGGGAUGCACAGAGUGGCCAUUGUGCCCAUCACCACCACCAGGUUGUGACUUUCCGCUGCCUACCGGGUGAGUUCGUGAGUGAAGCCCUGCUGGUUCCCGAAGGCUGCCGCUUCCUGUACCAGGAGCGCAUGGACCAGUGCGAGAGUUCGACCAAGAGGCACCAGGAGGCGCAGGAGGCCUGCAGCUCCCAGGGCCUCAUCCUGCACGGCUCGGGCAUGCUUCUACCCUGCGGCACGGAUCGCUUCCGCGGCGUGGAGUACGUGUGCUGCCCCCCUCCCGUGACCUCCGACCCGUCUGGGGCCGCAGUUGGGGACCCUUCGACUCGCUCCUGGCCCCCCGGGGGCAGAGUAGAGGGGGGUCAGGAGGAGGAAGAGGAGGAAUCCUUCCUACAGCCAGUUGAUGACUACUUUGUGGAGCCCCCAGAGGCUGAAGAGGAAGAGGAGGAGGAAAAAGUCUCCCCCACGAGCUCCAGCUCCCACACACCUGCGGGGGUCAGCAAAGUGACUCCGACCCCGAGGCCCACAGAUGGGGUGGAUGUAUACUUCGGCAUGCCUGGGGAAAUCAGUGAGCACGAGGGGUUCCUUCGGGCCAAGAUGGAUCUGGAGGAGCGUCGGAUGCGCCAGAUUAAUGAGGUGAUGCGUGAGUGGGCCAUGGCGGACAACCAGUCUAAGAACCUGCCUAAAGCCGACAGACAGGCCCUGAACGAGCACUUCCAGUCCAUUCUGCAGACCCUGGAGGAGCAGGUGUCCAGUGAGCGACAGCGCCUUGUGGAGACCCACGCCUCGAGAGUCAUCGCACUCAUCAACGACCAGCGGCGCGCUGCCUUGGAAAGCUUCCUGGCAGCUCUGCAGGGGGACCCACCUCAGGCAGAGCGGGUCCUGCUGGCCCUGCGGCGCUACCUGCGCGUGGAGCAGAAGGAGCAGCGGCACACGCUGCGCCACUACCAGCACGUGGCUACCGUGGAUCCCGAGAAGGCCCAGCAGAUGCGCUUCCAGGUACAGACUCAUCUGCGAAUAAUCGAGGAAAGGAUGAAUCAGAGCCUGGGACUCCUUGACCAGAACCCUCAUCUGGCUCAAGAACUGCGACCCCAGAUCCAGGAGCUUCUCCGCUCCGAGCACCUGGGCCCCAGUGACUUGGAAGCGCCAGGCCCAGCGGGCAGCAGUGAGGACAAGGGGGGGCCACAGCCUGUGGAGCCCAAGGACGGGUCCACGGAACAAGAGGCUGCCUCUCCUGAGAAAGAGAAGCUGUCCCCGCUGGAGCAGUACGAGCGAAAGGUGAAUGUGUCUGUUCCAAGGGGUUUUCCUUUCCACUCAUCGGAGAUUCAGAGAGAUGAGCUGGCACCCGCGGGGACAGGAGUGUCCCGAGAGGCUGUGUCGGGGCUGCUGAUCAUGGGCGCGGGCGGGGGCUCCCUGAUUGUCCUCUCCCUGCUGCUCUUGCGGAGGAAGAAGCCGUAUGGGACCAUCAGCCACGGGGUGGUGGAGGUGGACCCCAUGCUCACCCUGGAGGAACAGCAGCUCCGGGAACUGCAGCGUCACGGCUAUGAGAACCCCACCUACCGCUUCCUGGAGGAACGACCCUGAGCCUCCGCCGCCCCCACUCGGGUCCCUUCCGCUGAGCCCAGACCUUCUCUCUUCCUGCAACCCCAGAACCCCAGUUCCUAGCGGGGGGGAAGGGGACUCCAAAAAGUUUCAUUUCACACCCUUUGUGAGGGGGCUGAAAACUCUGAUUUCCCCCGUUCCACUUCCAAAUGUCAUCCCUAAAAGAAUCUCCAGGUACUCCCAGCUGCCUCCCCGCUUGGACCUUCUCCUGUCUUUAAUUUAUUUUGUAAAUUAAUUUAUUGUUCUUCAAGGUGAUCGCCAGCUGGGUCCCAGUGUCUGUUGUUCCCUGGAACUCACUCUCCCACCUGUCUCCCACUAACAUCCCAAUAAAGUCUUUUUCCCCACCGGG